AUGAUAUGCCUUGAGCUGGUGGGAUCAGUUGGUUACAAAAAACAAGAGCGUAAUGGGGAGUUUCCUAUUGAGACAUGGGCUGAGAUGAAAGCGGCAAUGCGUAGAAGGUUUGUUCCAAGCCAUUAUCAUCGUGACCUUCACCAGAGACUAAGAAAGCUCACACAAGGAUCACGAUCUGUUGAGGAGUAUUUCCAGGAGAUGGAAUUGUUAAUGUUGAGAGCUUGCAUAUCAGAGGACAGAGAAGCCACUAUGGCUCGGUUUCUUGGAGGUCUUAACCGAGAGAUACAGGACAAUGUGGAGAUGCAACACUAUGUGGAGUUGGAAGAGAUGUUACACAAGGCGAUUCUUGUGGAGCAACAAGUUAAGAGGAAGCACCAUCCACGGGGGAGUUACAGUAACAACAAGUAUCAGCAGGCCAAAGAUGAGAAACCAGAGUAUCAACGAGACAGUAAGCCUCAACCGAAAGAUGAUACAAAGCUAAGCAACAGCUACAGCAAAGAUAAAGGAAAAUCUGAAGCUACUACCUCACGGGCCAGAGAUGUUAAGUGUUUUAAAUGUCAGGGGCGUGGCCACUAUGCCAAUGAGUGCACCAACAGGCGUGUCAUGGUUCUUUUGGACAAUGGAGAGUUUGAAUCUGAGGAUGAGGAAGCUGAGAUUGACCAGGAGCACUCUGAAGAAGAAACUGAAGUGGAACCAGUCCGAGGAAGAUUGUUGGUUGCAAGAAGAACUCUUAGCUUGCGAAGCAAAUCAGAUGAGCUUGAUCAAAGGGAAAACUUGUUCUAUACACGCUGCAUGGUUCAAGGAAAGAUAUGUAGCCUGAUCAUUGAUGGUGGGAGCUGUGUCAAUGUUGCUAGCGAGACAGUAGUGAAGAAACUUGGUUUGAGCACUCAGAAACAUCCCAAACCAUAUAGAUUGCAGUGGCUCAACGAGAAGGGAGAAAUGAGAGUGUCUACUCAGGUUUCCAUACCCUUGUCCAUUGGGAGAUAUGAAGAUGAGAUUCUCUGUGAUGUGAUACCAAUGGAAGCAAGUCAUAUCUUACUUGGAAGGCCGUGGCAGUAUGAUAGGAAGGUUACACAUGAUGGUUUUGCUAAUAAGCAUACUUUUGAGUUCAAUGGCAAGAAAACCACCCUAGUACCUCUGACUCCUAAUGAAGUGCAUCAAGAUCAGUUACAGAUGCAAAAGAAGAAAGAAAUAGAUCUCCCACCAGAGAAAAACAAGCAUCUCAACUUCUAUGCCAAAACUGGUGAUAUCAAAAGAUCUCUUUUCUCUAAACAACCUGUUCUAUUACUUGUUUAUAAAGAAACUCUUUUGAAUCUAACUGAUUGUACACCGGAGUUUCCGAGUGAGAUGUCAGAUCUUUUACAGGAGUUUGGUGAUGUAUUCCCAGAAGAUAAUCCCAAUGGACUUCCACCAAUUCGUGGGAUUGAGCACCAGAUCGAUUUUGUUCCAGGAGCUACUCUUCCUAACCGACCAGCAUACAGAACUAAUCCAGUGGAGACUAAAGAACUACAAAGGCAGGUUGAGGAGCUAAUGGAGAAAGGCCAUAUCCGUGAGAGCAUGAGUCCAUGUGCUGUACCAGUACUCCUUGUCCCAAAGAAAGAUGGAAGCUGGCGCAUAUGGAGUAAAGGUGGAUCAAGAGAAAGUGAAAGCUAUACAAGAGUGGCCGAUUCCUAA